AUGGAUAGCUCUCAUCUCGCGAAGAUCAAGGCUGCAGCCGACGCUGAUUAUUACGCGACACUGAGGGAGGCAGACGCAAACAAGAUCCUGCUCACGACGGAGUACAUCAAGCUUAAGGAGCUUCAGGCCGUAGCCAACAACAGGAAAGUCUACUUCGGCACUGACAUUCCCACAAUGCUCAUGGACAGUAGAAUGCCGGAGGACGUCGCCGCGGCAACCGUCGCCGCGGCAACCGACCUCCCCGCCGCCGACGUAGAAAAGCAGCGGCGGGGGCGAUGAUGAGGGAGCCACCGGGCGCGGUGGGGA